AUGGGUGUGAUGAAUGCUUCAGUUAGCGCAUGGCUAAACACGAGCAAAGACCCUGUGGUGGGCAAUGAGCAGAAAGCAUGUGCAUUAUGGCAACGCAUUGCAGUGUACUUUGCAGCAAGUCCGAAGGUGGAAAAAGGUGAAGCCCGAGAGGCCAUUCAGUGCAAGCAAAGGUGGCAGAAGAUGAAUGAUCUUGUGUGCAAGUUUUGUGGAGCUUAUGCGGCUGCAACAAGGCAGAAAACAAGUGGCCAGAACGAGGCUGAUACUGUAAAACUUGCACACGAAAUCUUCUACAAUGAUCACAAGAUUAAAUUUAAUCUUCACCAUGCUUGGGAGGAGCUCAGGAAUUACCAGAAAUGGUGUAAAAUUGCUAGUUCCAAGAUUGAUGGAAGCGGAAAGAAGAGAAAGUAUGACGAUGGAGCACAAUAUGAAAGCUCUCAAGCCACUUCCAAUCUCGGAGAUUAA